AUGAUGAGUGCCUUCGUUUAUUAUUUCUUAGCGUUGUUGUUCUAUAGGGCUACAAAUUGUAAAGCUGAUUCUGCAAGAUAUUACUACGAUUAUGAAUGCAAUGAGCCUCUUCUGGCUAACGCAAGACUAAGUGCUACUUCUAGUUUAAGGGAAAGAGGACCUGAGAAUGCAAAAUUAUAUGGUCUGAAUGCGUGGACAGCUUCCGAAAAUGAUUUCGACCAGCAACUCAUCAUUGACUUAGGGGUUGUAAAGAAUAUUACGAGAAUAGCAACACAGGGUCGUGCACAUUCACAAGAGUUUGUCCAGGAGUACCAUAUAAGCUAUGGCUCCAAUGGACUUGAUUAUGCACGGUAUAAGGCUGCUGGAGGCGAGGUUAAGAUGUUCGAAGGCAACCAAGAUGGUAAUACGGUGAAAAAGAACGAGUUUGAAGUGCCUAUUAUAGCCCAGUACAUAAGGAUAAACCCCAUGCGAUGGCGUGACAAGAUAUCGAUGCGUGUGGAGCUCUAUGGUUGCGACUAUGUUGCCGACACGCUAUACUUCAACGGUUCGUCAUUAGUCAAAAUGGAUCUUCUCCGCGAUCCGAUUUCGGCGUCCCGUGAGACGAUACGUUUCCGCUUCAAGACCAGCGCGGCGUCUGGAGCGUUGCUGUACUCACGCGGCACGCAGGGCGAUUACGUGGCCUUGCAGCUGCGAGACAAUCGGCUUGUGUACAACGUAGACUUGGGUUCAGGCACGGCAACCUCUAUGUCUGUUGGUAGUUUGCUAGACGACAACAUUUGGCACGACGUGGUCAUAUCGCGCCAUCGCAGGGACAUGAUCUUCUCCGUGGACCGCGUCGUGGUGACUGGCAGGAUCAAAGGGGAAUUCUCUAGGCUCAAUCUGAAUAGAGCUCUGUACAUCGGUGGCGUUCCAAACUUCCAAGAGGGCCUAGUUGUGAACCAGAACUUUACCGGCUGCAUCGAAAAUCUGUAUCUGAAUGCGACCAAUGUCAUCCAGGACCUAAAGCAGGGUUAUGAGUCUGGAGAGUCAUUUAAGUUCCAGAAGGUCAAAACUCUCUAUGCUUGUCCAGAGCCAGCAGUGGUGCCAAUUACGUUUCUAAAAGCGGGCUCGUACGCGAAGCUGCGGGGCUAUUCUGGAGGCAAUACACUCAACGUCUCCUUAGAGUUCCGUACAUACGAGAAUCAUGCCAUGCUUAUAUACCACAAGUUUAAGUCCGAGGGAUAUGUCAAGGUGUACCUGGAGGAGGGGCGGGUGCGCGUGGACCUGUACGCGGGCGCGGGCGGCGGCGAGGGCGCGGGUCGCGUGAGGCUGGACAACUUCCCGCGGCGCCACAACGACGGCCGCUGGCACACGCUCAUGCUCACGCUGCGGCGCGACCAGCUCGUGCUGGCCCUCGACGCUACGCCCGUGCGCACGCUCAAGCGCCUCGACUUCAUCACCGGACCCUACUACUAUAUUGCAGGAGGAAAGUCCCCUCCCCGUGGAUUCAUCGGCUGCAUGCGGAAGAUCGCAGUGGACGGCAACUACAGACAGCCCACCGACUGGACUCAGGAGGAGUACUGCUGCCCGAAUGAAGUGGUCUUUGAUGCUUGUCAAAUGAUUGACAGAUGCAACCCGAACCCGUGCGAGCACGGCGGCACGUGCACGCAGACGGCGGACGAGUUCACGUGCAACUGCCAGGGCACAGGCUACGCCGGCGCCGUCUGCCACACCUCGAUCCACCCGCUAUCGUGCCAGGCGUACAAGAACGCGCAGGCCGUGUCGCGCUCCGCCGACGUGAUGCUCGACGUGGACGGCUCGGGCCCGCUGCCCGCCUUCCCCGCCACCUGCCGCUUCUACUCUGACGGGCGCGUGCUGACCGCCAUCCACCACUCGGCGACGGAGAGCUCGCAGGUGGACGGCUACCAGGAGCCGGGCAGCUUCCGCCAGGACAUCAGCUACGACGCGUCGCGCGCGCAGAUCGAGGCGCUGCUCAACCGCUCGCACUCCUGCAGCCAGCGCCUCGAGUACAUGUGCCGCCACUCGCGAUUGCUUAAUUCUCCAAGCGACGAGGCGUCAUUUCAGCCGUUCGCGUGGUGGGUGUCACGCACGGGGCAGCGAAUGGACUACUGGGCGGGCGCCACGCCGGGUAGCCGCAUGUGCGAGUGCGGCGUGCUGGGCUCCUGCCUCGACCCCACCAAGUGGUGCAACUGCGACGCCGAGCACAGCCCGCUGCGCCCCGACGAGUUCCAAGUUGACGGCGGAGACAUCACCGAUAAGGAAUACCUGCCAGUGAAGCAACUCAGGUUCGGCGACACCGGUAGCCAUCUUGACGAGAAGGAGGGCCGGUACACUCUCGGACCGCUGCUGUGUGAAGGAGAUGACUUGUUCAGCAACGCGGUGACAUUCCGUAUUUCGGACUCCGUUAUAAACCUCCCAGCAUUUGACUUGGGACACAGCGGCGACAUCUACUUCGAAUUCAAGACUACUCGAGAGAAUGCUGUGUUACUGCAUGCUAAGGGUCCGCAGGACUACAUCAAGUUGUCGAUCAUCGGUGGCGAUCAGAUACAGUUCCAGUUCCAGGUGGGCGACACGCCGCUUGGCGUCUCCGUGGAGACCAGCAGCCGCCUCGCCGACGACAACUGGCACUCCGUCUCCAUCGAGCGGAACAGGAAGGAGGCACGCGUGGUGGUGGACGGCGCGCUGAAGAACGAGAUCCGCACGGCGGCCGAGCCGGUGCGCGCGCUGCAGCUGACCACGGCGCUGGCGCUGGGCGCCGCGCUCGACCGCGCCGACGGCUUCGUGGGCUGCGUGCGCGCGCUGCUGCUCAACGGACGCCCGGUGGAUCUGCGCGCGUACGUCCGCCGAGGCUUGUACGGGGUGUCGGAGGGGUGCAGCGGGCGCUGUGCGUCGUCGCCGUGCCUCAACAACGGCACGUGCCUUGAGCGCUACGACGGCUACUCCUGCGACUGCCGCUGGACUGCAUUCAAAGGGCCCAUCUGUGCAGACGAAAUCGGUGUCAACUUGCGCCCCAACUCGAUAGUGAAGUACGACUUCCUGGGAUCAUGGCGCUCCACCAUUAACGAGAAGAUUCGCGUGGGCUUUACCACAACCAAUCCUAAGGGUUUCCUGCUCGGAUUCUUUUCUAACAUUACCGGAGAGUACCUCACGCUUAUGGUGUCUAAUUCAGGUCACCUGCGUGUUAUAUUCGACUUCGGCUUCGAGCGGCAGGAGAUCAUCUUCCAGGGCAAGCACUUCGGUUUGGGCCAGUACCACGACGUGCGGCUCUCGCGCAAGGACAGCGGUGCCACCAUGGUGUUGCAGGUGGACAACUACGAAACGCAAGAGUACAAGUUCAACAUCAAGGAAUCCGCGGACGCGCAGUUCAACAACAUCCAGUACAUGUACAUCGGACGCAACGAGUCCAUGAACGAGGGCUUCGUGGGCUGCGUCAGCCGCGUGGAGUUCGACGAUAUCUACCCGCUCAAGUUGCUCUUUCAGCAGGACCCGCCGCCCAAUGUUCGAAGCCUCGGUGGCAUCCUGCAGGAGGACUUCUGCGGCGUGGAGCCGGUGACGCACCCGCCCGAGCCGGUGGAGACGCGGCCGCCGCCGCCCGUCGACCCCAGCGCCCUGGACGUGCACCGCGCCGACGAGGCCAUCCUCGCCACGGUGCUGGCGUUCAUCUUCCUACUGCUGAUCGUGGUGGCCAUAGUGCUGGUGCGUGCGAUCUCACGUCACAAGGGAGAAUAUCUCACUCAGGAGGAGCGCGGCGCGGACGGCGCGGCGGACCCGGACUCGGCGGCGCUGGCCGCGGCCACGGGCGCGCGCGUCACCAAGCGCCGCGAGUUCUUCAUCUAG